CCCAAUUCUAAAACGACUCGUAGACGACUUGUUGCCCCUAUUUGGUAUUCUAUGAGUCUAUGACAAGAAAUGAAUACCUCACGGAGGCAUAUGUUUAUGCAUAUAGGUGAUUACUGAUUAGCAUUCAUAGCAUCCUUCCCUUCUCGAAAGAUCAUCGCCUUCAACUCCGGUGACGGUGAGCACUUUCUUCUCACAAUUUCUCUACUCUUUUUAUUUUCGCCAAAAACUCUCUAGAGAAUCUUCCAAACGUAGAUCUUAGCACCUCUUCCAAUUCUUUUUCCUACACUAACUCCUUUUCGGUUCUUCAUAGUAGCGACGCCAACUUCCCAACUCAGCAUAAGUAAUUCCCUGUGCUAAUUUAUUUCUCAACCUCGAAUCUCAGUUUCGUAAUUUACUUGGGUAUCUUUUUAGAAGGGUCAGUUCUGUCAAUUCCUUGGUCCAAGACUUUGCAGCUGAACGAUCAGCAUGGCAGGUCAAUGCUCCAAUGAAGGCUCUAGUACUGGAAAUAUUUCGGCAGAGUGUUCAGAUUCAACUGUUCAGCUCAAUAUUAAGACUCUAGAUUCCCGCAUCUUCAGUUUUCAAGUGGACAAAAAUAUGCCUGUUUCAUUGUUCAAAGAGAGAAUUGCAAAUGAAAUUGGUGUUCCAGUUAGUCAGCAACGGUUGAUAUUUAGAGGAAAAGUCUUAAAGGAUGAGCACAUUCUAUCUGAGUAUUAUGUUGAGAAUGGGCAUACAUUGCAUUUAGUUGAAAGACAACCAAAUCAAUCACAGACUUCUGGUACAAGCUCUGGUGAGCCAAGUGGUACAAAUGGUAACCGAGGAAAUGAUGUAGCCUCAGGGGCUCCUCGCAACCGUAUUGGACAAAUUUCACACAGUCUUGUUCUCGGGACUAUUAAUGUGGUUGAACAAGGUGAAGGCUUUGUUCAUGACCUCUCUCGGGUUAUUGGGCAGGUUUUGAAUUCUAUUGGAAAUGGUGGCCAGAGCACUAUUAGUGGUCCUAAUGCUGUCCAAACUUCUUCGGCUCUCCCAGGGAAUGAAACUGAAGGAAUGCAUGCUGGAAAUCCAAACCUAGCAGGAAAUCAAGCACCAUCUGGACAGACAUUCCCUGGUCAGGCAUUCCAAUCUAUGUCUCAUGUUGUUCAGAUUCCUAUGGCUGCAGGAGCCAUACCCCUUCCUUCUCUCAAUGCACCAAUUCCUGAUUCAUUGAACACUCUGUCUGAGUUUAUAAAUCGCAUGGAACAGACACUAUCACAAAAUGGUUAUAGGUCAAAUCCUUUGUCGACUAACCCUGGAGAUCAGCGAGGGGAGUUGCCUUCUAAUGCACAAGGGUUGCCAACACUUGAAGCAUUAAGCACUGUCUUGCGUCAUGCAGAACAGUUACUUGGUGGUCAAGCUGUUGCUGCGCUAUCUCAUAUUGCAGGACGCUUGGAAAGAGAGGGUACUUCUUCUGAUUUACAAAUCAGGGGUCAAAUACAGUUAGAGUCAACACAAAUAGGAGUUGCUAUGCAGCAUUUGGGUGCACUUCUACUUGAACUUGGCCGAACAAUGUUGACACUGCGUAUGGGGCAGUCUUCUGCUGAAUCUGUUGUUAAUGCUGGACCAGCAGUUUAUAUUUCUCCAGCCGGGCCAAAUCCUAUAAUGGUGCAGCCUUUUCCACUUCAGACAAGCUCCCUCUUUGGUGGUCCUGUUCCCUCUUCAACUCCUGCAACUUUAGGAACCAUUGGUAUUGGAAAUGCUCCUAGGAACGUAAACAUUCAUAUACAUGCUGGUACCGCCCUUGCACCAGUGGUUUCAACAAUUGGUUCUAGACCAAAUAAUGGAGAAGGGACAAGAAGUGAACGCCGUAGUGAGCCUGGCUCUGGUGAUUCAGGUUCAACACGAGUAUUACCUGUUAGAAAUGUUGUAGCAGCUACUCUCCAACCACACCCUCCUGGUGUUGGAGUCUCUAGUAGCACACAAACUGGGUUUGGUGUUUCUACUUCACAGCCUCCUUCUGAUUCAGCUUCAUUGUCAUCUGUUUUGGCUGAAAUAAAUUCUCGCCUUAGAAACGUUGUUGGUAACAUGCAAGGAGAUAACAUGGUUCCAUCAGGUCAAGUGGAAUCAAACAGCAGAGACUUGUCUUCUGUAUCUGAAUCAGCAUCUGCACAGGGAAAUGAACAAGAAGAUACAAUGGGGAUGAAUGGCUAUGGCUGUGCUUCUGAAAGCGGAGCACAGAAGCCCCAAACUGAGGCAGUCCAAACCUGUAGUAAUGACGAGAGAGAUGUUUUGGUUAACGAACUAGUUUCAAGUUCUUCCAACCAAGAUUUACAAAGUGGUUCUGGUGGAGAAACAACAGUAAGAUCAGAAAAAGAACAAGAUGCCCCAUCUGUAAGUGAAAGACAAGAUGUAAUUGAACCUGCCAAAGCUGCUCCGCUAGGAUUGGGUCUUGGUAGUUUAGAGCGCAAGCGGAGAGCUAGACUUCAACCUUCUGUAAGUAAAGGUGCUGACAAUGGAUCAUCCAGUUCCUCUGUCAAUCAAAAUCAGCAAACCACAACAGAUGGUCAACAUAUAUUGCAAACCCUUGCGAGUCAUGGAUCUUCUGAAAAUUCAAGAAAUGCUAAUGGUCCAUCUCAGCGGCCCUUACCCUCCAGUGAUCGCCCAAUUGAUGUAGCUGGUUUAAUGUCUCAGGUUUUACAUAGUCCAGCUUUGAAUGGUUUGUUGGAGGGAGUUUCCCAGCAAACUGGAGUUGACUCACCUGAUGGCUUGAGGAAUAUGUUGCAACAGUUCACACAGAGCCCACAGAUGAUGAACACAGUCAAUCAAAUUGUCCAACAGGUUGGCAGUCAGGAUGUGGGUAAUAUGUUUGCAGGAAUGGGAAGAGGGCAGGGUGGUGGUAUUGACUUGUCAAGGAUGUUUCAACAGAUGAUGCCCAUUGUAUCUCGAGCCCUUGGUGGUGGAAAUCCUCCCUCACUAUUUUCUGGUGCAGAAGCAGAACCCCAUGCACCCUACAGAGAUGGAACAGUUAACAGAGAUGAAUAUUCUGAUAAUCCAAGUUCACAGCUUCAACCUCUGGCUGAGAGAAUUGAGCACCUCUGUCCACCCACCGAUGUUUUCCGUGCAGUUGCUGAAAAUGCUGUCCAGCUAUCUGGCAGUGGAAGUGCUUCUAACGAUCUUCUGGAUGAGUUAUGCAGCAAUGAGAGUCUUGCCAGGGAAUAUGUGGAGAUGUUGCGAUGUGAUGUAAGUCAGCUGCUCAAGGGACAUUCUGAACCGGACAAAUCCUAAGCUCUGAAUGGAUAGUAUUUUAAAUUCAUUGCCUCUAUUUCGUGUCAACUCUUAACCUUCCUGAAAGUCCUAGAAAAUGAGUUUUGGCGUGUUGUGCCCUUAAUAAUGUAAUUGGUCUGGAUCAUUUUGAAGGACUUCCAGAUCGUGUGUGAAAAUUAAUAUAUACCACAUGCCUGACGGUUGUUUCAAAUGUAGCAUUGAGGCGUUUAAUGGCCUCCACUGUCAUUUUUAUUUAAUAUCCUUUUAACUAUACGCUCUUUGGGGCUUAAUUCGGACAGUGGAUGCUUGUAUCAGUCUUUGUACAUCUAGUUCUUCCAUUAUUUUCAGUACUGAAUGACUGAAUGCGCCAUUGCAUUGCAGCAAUUUUUUGUGUUUUAAUUUGUUAUGCUUUAUCUUUAAAGGACUGAAAUAUAAUAUAUUUUACGCUGU